GUUAAUUAAUAUACACAAAAAGGACACUUUAGUACAGCGCUUCAUGCUGCUUUGUCUACUCCAUUUUUGUUCAAACACAAAGAAGGCGUCACACACUCAACCGCAGCAUAGACGUACACACAGCCAUUUAGUAGGCGUGGCCAUGCAACGUACGGCUGUGUGUGUGAAUUUCUUCCAUUUUCUUUCCAUCGGGUCCGUGUAUCGUCCGACUUCACCCCUUCUUCUUGCACGAUUUCCCACGCAAAAUCAACGCGAAUCGUACAGAAUUUUAGUUUUAAUCCAUCUUUUACGGACGUCGGUCCGGUCGAAACCGUCCGUAAUUUUUUGUUUCUGUCGGCAAGCAGUAACGAUCGUUCGUUUGGCCACAAUUACCAUUAACCCCGGUGGUUGUCAGGUGGCAGUGCAUGGUAAAUUACGUGUACUAACAGUGUGUGUCACGUUUUUUGUUUCUUCAUAUUGUGUAACAAAUGUACCAAAAAGUUUAUUUUUCGGUUGAGGUGUGUUCCGAUGUUUCAUUUUAUAAACAAUCCACAGUGAAUGGAAGCUAAAGCUUGACUCAUGAAAGUAGAUGUAACAGUUUAUAACAUCAUAAAGAAAUAUAAAAGAAAUGAAUUAAACAGUGAAACAUGUUCAAAAAGUGAUCCAGUGCUAGUAGCUUAGUAAACGUUGGUUUCAAUAGUGCAAAAUAAAACAAAAACCCCCAUAAAAAAGUGUCACAAUAAGCAAUCAAAUAAUGUAUUAUGGGUUCCUCUCUAUUGUACCCGUGUGUUGUUUGCUUUAUGUAAUAAUGCCGACCACAUAAACAACUGUGUGAACAACAUCAUCGAAACGGAUCAGAAACACAUCGAUUUGCACAAAACAAACACUGUAAAACACCCUCCCGGAACCACCAUGACGGAUUUGAUCGAUUUACGAAUGCAUCAGCACAUUGCACACGAAAUCUAUCGUCAGCAAAUGUUGCAACGGAUACCAGAUCCGUUCCCAACGAUGCUGCCUGUUCCGGUACCAUCGAUGCAUGCGAUGGCACUGCCACCACGCUACACCCUACCCGGCGUUGAGCUGAAGCUGCAGAACAAGGAACUUUGGCGGGAGUUUCACAAGAUCGGUACCGAAAUGAUCAUCACCAAAAGUGGACGCCGUAUGUUUCCCUCGAUGCGGCUCACGGUGGAUGGACUGGAUGCGGACACAAAUUAUUGCGUGCUGCUCGAAAUGAUGCCCAUUAGUGACUGUCGGUUCAAGUUCAGCGGUUCCCAAUGGGUACCGGCGGGUGGUGCCGAACCGCAGAGUCCCCAAAGGUUUUGCCUUCAUCCGGACAGUCCGGCACUCGGUACGCACUGGGCCUCACAACCGAUCGUCUUCAACAAGGUGAAGCUCACAAACAACACGCUCGACAACAAUGGUCAUGUCGUACUAACCAGCAUGCACAAGUACCAACCGAGGAUACACAUCAUCCGCACAUCGGAUCCAUCCCAGAUUCCUUGGGCUGCCCAGCAAGCGUUCGUUUUCCCGGAAACCGAGUUCGUUGCCGUCACGGCCUAUCAGAACGAUCGCAUCACGAAGCUAAAGAUCGAUAACAACCCAUUCGCCAAAGGGUUCCGAGAGACGGGUCAGUCGCGCUGCAAACGCAAGAUGGGAUGCAACGUCUCGACAUCGUCCUCGUCCUCUUCGUCCUCCUCAUCGGGUGCGGGUCUCGGUGGUGCGGGUAGCGGCAGUUGCGCUGGUGACGGUGGACCCGACGGUGGUGGACAGUUGACAGACGACGAAGAUCGCCACGACCUGCACGACCUGAUCAAGCGACCGAGAUCAAACGGUUCACCAGCUUCCGACUGUACCGUGCACGAGGGUGGACCACCGAUGCAUCAUCCCCGGCUGCACCAGGCAAGCCUGCGUCCAUUCCCCGCCUCGCCCGAACUGCUGAUGCGCCAGUACAAUCAGAUGUUUAAUCCGAGCUGGAUGGAUCUGAUGUUGCCAUACUUUGCCCGUCAUCAUCAUCCAUACCAUCAGCCGCAUCCACACCAGACGCCACAUCAUCACCAUCAUCAUCAGCAUCAUCCUCACACGCAACCACCCGGACCGUUCGUUGGAACGUUGGGGCAUCCGGGAAUGUUGUCCGUUACCGGCACCCAAGCUACUGCUCCAAUCGUUUCGCCUGCCCACUCCAAUCCGGACUCAACCGAUCUCGAUCGUACGUCGGCAUUUAGCGUACGGACUCCUCAAACCAGUGGCAGUGAUUACGAGCCAAAUGAGCAGGCACGACCGGACAGUCCGGCAGGGUCACCGAAGCCGACGGUUUUGCGACCUUCCGCUAUCAGACCGAAGGGGUCGAGUCCAGCCACUCCUACCGAAGCGCCCCAUCCGCUAGAUGCCGUUGAUCCAACGGACCCCAAUGGAGAUGCGGAUCGCAAAAUUAACUUCAGUAUCGCUUCCAUUUUGCUGCUGUAGCAAAUACGCAAUGUAAGGCGUCAACGCUUCUUCCAAAUUCUCCUGUGAAACAAGUGCCUUAAUGCGAGCCGCGAUCGAUCAGCAAUCUUCGUGACGAUCUCGCAACGAAACUCCACGAGCAAGCUGCACCUGCAACGAUGUGCAAAUAUUAUGGUGCUGCACGGCCAUGUUAGUGUGUUCCAUGUGUAAGGAUGCGUACAGUGAUCGUUCUGCAUGCUGACAAGCGUAUAGAGCUAAAUAAAAUCGUAUCGAAGUAUGAGCCAGAUGAGAUGAGCCGGUUGCUUUAUUUAUUUCCUUCUGUCCCGCAGACAAAGGUCUCACGCAUAGAACUAUCCGAAAAGCCAUCAAACGAACCAUGACAACUAGAUCUAGCUGGGUAUCCUUUUACAGUAAACGCAUCUUAUUAUGGACUGCAAGGAUUCCGCCUUGCCACCGCUCAGGUGAGUCUUCCUAUUUCUCAGGUCCUUCUGGGCUCAGUAGAUUGGGCUUCAGAAUUAGAACAAUUGAAACAAUUUCUUAACCAUUUGUG